AUGCCACAAAGUGGGCGUGGGCUGACCGCGAAGAGGAUUGUAGAAUGUGCUCUCUUCGCGGGCGUGGUCAUCAUAGUCUUCUCUAUGCUGGAGACGAUGUUUGGCCAGAGCAACGCCGUCGGUCAGGUGCCCAUGGUGCCCAUCCAGUCCCAGCAGCUCCUGUUGCAGUCCCUGGAGCGACGCCGGAAGGAGGUGGAGGACGAGGACGAGGACGACGAGGAGGAUGGCUCCAGUGCCACGAGCGAAGAGACGACUGUGCUUUUCGAGUCGACGACGCAGGCUGAUGGCGAAGGCACACAAAGCAAGCAUGACAUCCAAGAUGCAUCUGAUGUCCAAAGCGACGAACUUCUGGGGUCAGCUUCUUUGGACCCACAGCAGGCGGAUACCGUGAGGCGAGGCCUCUGUUCGUGGUUGUUGAACGUUGCUUCAUUCCAAGAGGUGGAAACGCUUCAACUCACCACUAGGUGGCUUGAUGCUAGCUCUGGCUCGGAAGUCAACCUCCGGCUCGACCGCCUCCUCAGCAAAGAUCCAGAAGCUGGCUGGGUGACUUGCGCCUCCGAGAAUGAGCUGUGCAAGUGCACGAGUGGCCACGUGCGCUACGGCCACCGGCAAAAAGGUUGGUACACCAAGAAGGGCAAGGAGGAGAUUGUGUGCCUGCUCGACCGAUUUGGGAAGACUGACAUGGCCUAUGGCAUGCUGAAGACAUGUCAAUGCCACGAUCCGCCUCACCGGGAAAUUGGAGUGGAGGAUCUUGCAACAUUGGUCCAGCUGCCGCACGAUCCGGGAGGCCGCGAUCCAGUCGGCCCAGCUCCAGGUACGCUCUGGAAAGUCAUCGACAGCUUAGUGGCAUGGAUCGAGAAGGCAGACUCCUCACAGCUGUUGGCGCUGUCCCGAGUUUACCAGUGGAUGGAGGCCAGUGGCGACUUCUCGAAGAUUGGGGCCGCCAUUGCCAAAGCUGCGACCAAGGCACUUCUGGGUGGAAAGACUUGCGAGGAUGGUUCCAAGGCUGACCUUCACAAGUGCGCACACUAUGCCUUGGAAGUAUGCCCUGCUGCUUGCGGAAAGCACACCGAUCUCCAGAAGCAGAAAUGGAGGACUGGGCCAUCGACGCCGGCACAGGAGUGCCUCACCUCCAGAGUGGCCCAGCUUUGGUCCUGCAACGACACCUCGCGAGUGCUAGAUGACAGCAACGGGCAUGCAGCAGCCCAAAGCGUUUUGCAUCGGGGUCUCGAGGCAAUGUGUGAGGAGACGACUUUGCAGCCUUUGUGGCAGACCUACUUGGACUGUGACUUCCUUGAUCAGUACCAGCGCUGGACCUCUGAGUCUGGCUGGCUGGAGGAAGCCUUCGUGACAUAUGUCGCAGGAGUGCAGGACUCUAUCUACAGCCUCCAGGCGACCAACCUCAUCCGCUCGAUUGACCUCUUCUCCUCCAAGCCUGUUGUGGUAGUGGUUUUCGACGAACAAUACAUUCCGCCGUGGCAGUGGCGACAAUUCCCCAACGUGAUUGUGUACAAAAUGCGGCCAUUGCCAGGAAAAGCCGUGUCCUUCAAUUUCAAUAAGCUUCGCGCCAUGAUCGGCGCGAGAGCCCUUGCGGGCAUUCAGCUGGACACCGACCAGCUGAUUGCGCCAGGGCUGGAGAGGAUGUUCGCCGCAUCGCGUCGUGAGAUCACCUCACACUACCCGUGGCCAAUGCUUCCGGUCCACUGGAUGUCACGAGACGCGAAAAAGGGAGAGCUCUACUCCGAUAUGAACUUUGAGGGAUGGUCUGGCCACAGGACUAUGAGGUGGGGUCACGCGCACCCGUCAUGGACGUACUGGGCCUUGCCCUUCCUGGCCGAUCUCCUUCACGAGAGGUUCGUCGCCGGCUUCAGGACCAAAAUGAAGGCCUGGAACAUCAAGGUCUGGGAUCUGGAUGCCGCAACCUCUAGCGGCCUUUCGGCUGUCCUCGCAGACAACAAGAAGUCGCCUCGACAGGUCAGGUUUGGAUCUUUCAUGAUGGAGGACGAGGACAUGCUGAACGUGGGUCUCUGGCGUGACAGGGCAACGAAGGAGUGGUGCAAGUUUGACUUGGAAUGGGCUCUGUUCAAAGAGAGAUGGCAGCUGGAUUUAAAGCCUAUGCAAGAUUCCAAGUGGUAUCCUGAUGGCGUACCCGUCGUGUACCUCUCCAUGCACAACACCAAGCAGUUCGAGGUGACGGACUGGCUUCUGUCCUGGUUUGCAAGAUGCCACAGCUUCAAGCCGCGCAAGUGCCCAUCGCCAGGCAAGGCACCCCCACCGCAAUGUCAGGAGGAUUCCUCGGCGGAGCGGAAGCUCAGACGACGUCCACAUCAGUACGUGGAAGACAUGUGCGCUCUGGUGACGCUUGACAGGCAGCUCGUCACGUUCUGUUUGGCUGUUUCAGUGCAUUCUUCGCUCUUCUCAACUGUGGCCACCUUGAAAUGGUUCUCACGGCAAGGCCCUGAGAAGUUUGCAGCAUACCUCAUUGCCCUCAUGUUGCCGCAACUUCGUCGCGCAACGGACGAGCGCAACGCUUGCCGACUCUUCGUGCGACUGCUGGGUGCAUCCAUUCCCGGUCUCGCAGAGCCAGGACUGCUUAUGCGAGAGCAUCCGUGCGUGGAGGUGGCCUUCGGUGAUGCUGUGAAGGAGUCCGAGCCUGCUGAGUAUGUCUCAGUGGGCACCCCAACCUUUGGCUGUGUCAAGAAAGAAGGUUUGGCUCCAACGGGUCUGCAGGAUUGCGAGUGGCACUUCGGGGACACCAUGGUCUUCACCGUUCAGCUUGCAGGGCUGACUUCGGGUCUCUCCCUUCGCCUGCACACCCGGAGUGACAUGCGCUUGGGUCCCUUGCAGCUGGACCUUGCGCGGCCAAGCCAAGUAGGGUGCUGUACGCUCGACAUGAGGCGCCGGAUUCUUCCGGCAUGCUCCAAGCAAAGGGUCGCUGAGGUCGCAGGCAAAGGCUCUCUGGGCGAUCCAGACAGCAUGAGUGGUCUGCAAGAGCUCUGGGAGUCUGCAGAGAUGCCGUUACCUCUGGUGACUAAUGAUGGCGCUGAUGAAGGAGCAUGGCUUUUGGUGAGUUUCGCGCUGUCCAUCAACCCGGAGUCUCUUGAGAAGCUGGCCUCCCGAGCAGACAGGACCCUCGUCGAGAGAGUUUCCGAGAGUGUUUCGGAUCUGGGUCGACAAGCCCAGCCCGCCUUGCAGUGGGCGUCGGAAUGUUGCGCGACAGAAACCGCCAGGAAUCCCCAAGAGCGAAUCGUCGUGUCCAUGCCAGCCAUGGAACAUGAGGGCGUGGACCCAGGCCAAAGCCAAGGCGGCCAACGCGGCCAAAGCAGCCAAGCACUGGAGCCUGAGAGACGGCAGAGCUGUGCUGGUUCCCCCGCAGCGCAAGCAGUGAAGGCGACAGAAGCGGAACCUGCUCCAGAGCCACCGGCUUAUCCGGAGCCACCGGCUUAUCCGGAGCCUCAAAGCAGGCUGCCGGUCCAUAGCCAGUAUGGAAGAUACGUGGUUUCACCGAAUGCUGUGCCGCUUCACCCCGCGGUGCACAUGCCGUAUGCUGGGUACACUGCACCCAAUCCAUCUUGGGCAUGGUACCAGCCGCAGCUUGCAGCUGCACGAAACAGUGGCUCACGAGGUGGCUUCCCACAGCCAAUGGCUGGGCCACCUCCAUUGCCGCACUUCCGGUAG